CACCGUUAUAAAAAAGGGGGGCCGGGGGGUGAAUACACGCGGCACGCGCGGGACCCGCUACGCCGUCUUCCCCCGCCGAGAGACAGCUGGCGCUCUGUCGAGGGGUCCAGCGCGGGCGCGGGCCAGCGGCAGAUGGGGAGCCAACGGUCGAUAUCGUGGAGGGGCGUGCGGGCUCGUUCGUAACGGCACGCGCCGAGCAGCGCCGCUAUACGCCGAGGCGCCAGCCAGUCCCGUAUUGCUCCGAUCGCAGAGACAUGGAGGACGCCGAACGCCAAGGUGACGUCGAUGGCCGGCUGGAACCCUGGAAUUGGGGCGUCGAGGACCCCGGCUGGGCCUGGAGCACGACGCACAAGUCGCCUGAAGUGGUACUGCUUGGACCCCAACAGGCGCAGUUCCACCCCCGUUGGAGCAGCGGCACGGCGGGCGUGCGGAGCGCGAGUCCGCUGGCGAGGGACCGGCGCAGCUACUGGGAAGUGCGUGUGUCGCAUCGUGUCUUCGGCACAAGCAUGAUGUGGGGCCUGUGCACGGCGCAGGCACGGCUGCACGCCAACGCCUUCCUCGACCUACUCGGACAAGACAGCCAGGGAUGGGGGCUCUCGCACAAGGGCCUGCUGUGGCACGACGGCCGAUGGCGGUCGUUCACGCGGCCGUUCCGCGAGAACGAGCCGACCGUGCUGGGCCUGCUCUUCGACGGGCGGCGCGGAACACUCACCUAUUACAAGGACGGCGUGUGCCUGGGUGUCGCCUUCCGCGACCUGCACCGCGUGCGCGAGCCCCUCUACCCGGCCGUCUCAUCGACCGCCGCCAAGACCGAAAUGUGUUUGGCCAACGCGCGCAGGGACUACGCCGGCCUGCAGGACCGCUGCCGUGCAGUGAUCCUGCGGCGAACUGCGGGUCCAGAUGCCGUGCGCGAGCUAAGGCUGCCACCACGACUGCAACGCUACCUGCUGCAUGAAGAGGACAUGUGAGGGCCGACCAUCCUGCCGUCACGUCAAACACUAGUCACGACGGACUUCCUAGUUGUAUAGCGCGUUCGCUGCCAAAUGCCCCCCACUAGUCAAUAUGGCAUUGAGCCAAGCUGGCCCCAUCGCAACACCAAACGUGAUGCCGGCAUACAAGCCACAGUGACGCUGAGCUAUACUAUGAUUGAGCACAAGAACACGAUGCGGGCACGUCUUUAUAAGGGCACAGUCUGGUCCUUAUUCAAUCAUGCACUGUCGCAUAGAUAUAUUCAUUUAAACUUCAACUGUGCAUGUCAAUUUCAUGUUACAGACGAGCCAGUUUACAUCUAACUUGGGUAUUUAUAGUUGCCUAUAUCCAACAGUGGAAAUUGACCACAGCUACGUACACCUGAGAAGUGUGCUUUCCAUAAGCAGCGCAGCAACUGUGCACUGCUCAGGAGACGAGAGACUUCCUUCAGAAGCACUCUGCUGCUGGUCAACCUGGCAGCACCACGAUGAGUAAUCCAAGAUUACUUUCAAUUGCAGCAUGCCCGAUUACUAGACAAGACGUAUUUAUGUGCAGAAUAGGUGAAGUGUGGUGCGUCUACGUUUCCUUUUAGAUGUGAUCUUUGUUGAUCAGUAAUGAGAGACAGCCAUACUGCGGCUCUGCAUGGUGUUCAGCUGAUGAGUAUGUACGAUAAGUGCGGUGUACACGUCCAGUUUUCUCUACACCAGCCCAGACUGCACGCGCAAAGUUUCAUGGUUUGCGGGUCCUAUUUGCGACAGCAGAGAUGUUGGUAGCAGACGCGGCAAAUCACCACAGACAUGCGGCUAUUUUAGUUAGGUGCCACAUUAGCAUAUUGUGAUAUAUUGAAUUAGCUAACUAUUUUGUGGUCCCAUUUGAUGUAUACGAGCUCGACUGCCUAAAGGGUGGCCACAGAGAUUCUAACAUGUAUCUCAUCUAACAUGAGUCAUCUCUGAACUACACUGUUGCUGCUGCAUCCCAAUUUAUUUACAUGGUUUUACCACAGAAAUAAUGUUGUCUAUCAAGAACAUUCUAGUGGGGUAGCUAUGCAAUUGCAUUGAUCUCUAGAUCUACACGAGGUUAUGAGUACUAUGGUAUUCACUAAUCUGCAUUAAAACACAUUCACAUUAAGAUGAAAUAUGUAAAAGUGAUUGUGAGGGCUUGCAUGCUGUGUUUGUGCAAGUACAGUUUUGUAAGACAGUGCAAGACCUUGGCAGUGCUAUCAAAGUGCACCACUGUCCACACAAACAUGGUCCAAGAGCUCUAUUAUACGGUGCAAUUCCAAAGAACAACACAUUUACACUACUAAAUGAUCUCUCUGCAUACAUGUGUGCAUCAUGAAGCUGAAAUGGAAAGCGUAACUAAUUCUAUCAAGAGUAAACCAAACUUUCAAUAAUGAUGCAUGUGUUUACAUUUUCUU